UCCUCUGUAGACAAGGAAAGUAAAGUUCUUAAGCAAAGCAAAUUAAGACGACAAACAUGAAUCAGAAGCCAAAAGCCAAAAGCUUUUCUUUUAUUCAAUUUUUAACGAUCUCUAACAAUCCAAUUCUUCAUCUUUAACCCCAAAGCACUAUUAUUAAAUAGCAAUGGAUCAUCGCCUCCUCAUCUCCGCUACCUUCAUCUUUCUACUCUCCCUCGCUCUUACUCCGGAGGUUCGCUCAGCUUCUUUUAAGCUCAUCAACAGGUGCCGCAGCACUAUCUGGCCCGGAUUUCUCUCCGGCGCCAACUCUCCGGUGCUCUCCUCCACCGGCUUUGAGCUCAGGAGGGGCAAGUCGAGAACUUUAACUAUCCCCAAGUCUUGGUCGGGCCGUCUCUGGGCUCGAACCCUCUGUGCCCAUCACAGCAACCAAACAUUCUCUUGCGUCACAGGAGACUGUGGCUCCGGUAAGGUCGAAUGCGCAGGUGGAGGAGCCGCCCCACCCGCUACCCUUGCGGAAUUCACCCUCAACGGCGCUGGUGGGCUAGACUUUUACGACGUCAGUUUGGUCGACGGAUACAACCUCCCUAUUCUAGUCUUGCCCAAGGGCGGUUCCGGCGGCGGCUGUAGUGCUACUGGGUGUUUGGUUGAUCUCAACGGUGCGUGUCCAGCUGAUUUGAGAGUUGUGCGUGGGUCACACGGGCCAAGUGUAGCGUGUAAGAGCGCCUGUGAGGCUUUCGGUGAUCCUAGAUAUUGUUGUAGUGAGGCGUACGCUACGCCUGACACGUGUGGCCCUUCGGUGUAUUCCCUCUUUUUCAAACACGCUUGCCCACGCUCGUAUAGUUAUGCGUACGAUGAUAAGACGAGCACGUUCACGUGCGCGUCCGCCGAUUAUGCUAUCAUAUUUUGCCCGCCACCUUACACCAGUCAAAAAUUGGUGGAAGCACGAAAAGAUGGUGCUCCGUUACCACUUGUGAACAAGACUACAAUGCACAUUGCAACCCAUCAUUCAAGCGGUGAUUUAUUAUCAGGCAGAUAGUAUCUCAAUCUUAAAUUCCAGCUGAACAGAAGGUGUCAUCUUCAUUAUUGCCACACUAACGGUCGGCCCGUCAAUUAUAUAUUGUUCUUGAUGGAGAUCAAAGUUCAGAUUCGGCAACAUCGGUGGGAUUUUGAAAUUCUAUGGAAAAUCUUGUACAUGCCUUUCUUUGUGUACUUUUUUUUCAGUCAGCUGUAUUGAACUCCUUGAUCAAUAUAGUAAUUUCUACUGAUUUAUGUAGAAUUAUUAUAUCUAAAAAAGUUUUUGCAA